UUUGACAACUAAAAAGGAGCAACAGUAGCGGCGGUGCGACAAGGAAAAAAAUGUAGAUUUCGUGAAGGCUUUAAUUUGUGAAAAAAUACCUGCAAAUAAGUGUAAAAUCAAGUGAAAAGUGUGCCUCACUCUUCGGUAAGCAUCUUCCAAAAGAAAAAACAUAAUUUAACUGCACACAAUAUAAAGUAAAGUCUGCGUGAAAAAUUCGUCGAAAGUCCAGAAGAGGAAUUUGGCGAAGUUGCAUUGUCUACCCAUUUUACCACAACUCAUCUCAUCUAUACCUCGUCCGCCGUUGUCUUCGUUAAUUGUGUUGUGUGUUCCUCUGAUUCUGCGUUUGCCUUUGGUGAGGAAAUUAGCCUUCUUCAUCAUCCCAUCAGCGAUAUAUAGAAGUUGAAAAACAAUUUGCUAUAAACAUUUAAAAGUGCACAAAAGAAAAAACAAAAAAGCCCAAUAUUAAAAGCUAUAGAAGGGUAGACGUCAAUAGAAGCAGAAAAUAAAUCGUAAAAAAAUCAGAAAUAAAAGUUAAAAAUAAAAGAUAAAGACAGUAGAAAAAAGAACAAUUUGUGCGGGGUGUUAGCGGCCGCCUGUCGAGUGCCAAAGUGGAAGAAACACACAAAGAAAAAAAAUACAAGAGCAGAACGAAGAAGGGAAACAUAAGACAUAAUUUUGACAGUGAGGGAUUUAGCAAAAGGUCGCCGUGUAGCCAAAGAUACAGCAAAUCGCAGCGACGACGAAGUGUUGGAACGAAAAAGUGCGGUUGCGGGGCGCUGUAAAAUUGAAUUUAAAGCGUAAUUGUGACGAGAAAAUGGAAAUCGAGCCCGACCAAUCGAUAGAGGCAAUGGACACACAAGAGGUCGAAAUAAUCACAAGCGACCUGCAACAUCAGCAACAACAACUAAAUAAGCUCCAUUUGCCAGCAGCACAGCUGCCUAACGAGAACGGCAACGUACCGCCGCAGCAACUACUCGCCGACACCACUUCGCCAUACGCCAACGAACAGGAGAUGACGUCCGUCGACGAUCCCAAGGACGAUCAGUUUCGGUCAGAAGCGACAUUUUCGUACACGGUCGAGAAUAUUUCACAGCUAAAGCAACAACAUCUCUCCCCUCCUGUAUAUGUACGCAUGUUACCAUGGAAAAUCAUGGUUAUUCCGAAUGAUCGUGCACUAGGUUUCUUCCUUCAGUGUAAUGGUGAAAAUGAAUCGCCUACAUGGUCGUGCAAUGCUAUCGCCGAGCUGCGGUUAAAAUGCCACAAACCAGAUGCACUACCAUUUACACGCGCGCGCAUAAAGCAUCUCUUUUACUCCAAAGAGAAUGAUUAUGGCUACUCAAACUUUAUUACGUGGACAGAAUUACAGGAUCCAGAUAAGUGUUAUGUACACGAUGGCGCUAUUACAUUGGAGGUUCACGUUGUGGCAGACGCACCACACGGUGUGCUUUGGGACUCCAAAAAACACACCGGCUAUGUGGGACUUAAAAAUCAGGGAGCAACGUGCUAUAUGAAUUCGCUGCUUCAAACACUCUAUUUCACCAACCAGCUGCGACGUGCUGUAUAUAAAAUACCGACUGAGGCUGACGAUAGCACAAAGUCAGUAGGCUUAUCACUACAGCGCGUCUUCCAUGAUCUACAAUUUGGCGAUCGCCCAGUGGGAACUAAAAAGCUCACCAAGUCUUUUGGGUGGGAAACACUCGACUCGUUCAUGCAGCAUGAUGUGCAGGAAUUUCUGCGAGUAUUACUCGAUAAACUAGAGUCGAAAAUGAAGGGCACUUGCUUGGAAGGCACCAUACCAGGUUUAUUCGAAGGAAAGAUGUCUUCAUACAUAAAAUGCAAGAACGUUGACUACAAUAGUACACGUUAUGAGACCUUCUACGAUAUACAGUUGAAUAUUAAGGAUAAAAAGAAUAUCUACGACUCGUUCAAGGACUACAUCGCCUCGGAAACACUUGAGGGUGAUAAUAAGUACGAUGCGGGUGUGCAUGGCCUCCAGGAGGCCAGCAAGGGUGUAAUCUUCACUGCAUUUCCCCCCGUGUUGCAUUUGCAUUUAAUGCGAUUCCAAUAUGAUCCCAUAACAGAUAGUUCCAUCAAAUAUAAUGACCGUUUCGAGUUUUACGAUCGCAUAAACUUGGACGAGUAUUUAGCCGAGAAAGAGAAGACACCUGCCGAGUAUGUUUUGCAUGCAGUGCUCGUUCAUUCGGGCGAUAACCAUGGUGGCCACUAUGUGGUCUUCAUAAAUCCGAAAGCGGAUGGUAAAUGGUUUAAAUUCGACGAUGAUGUCGUCUCCAGUUGUCGUCGCGCCGAAGCCAUUGAACAGAAUUAUGGCGGAAACGAUGAUGAAAUAUCGUUUCAUGCUAAGUGUAGCAACGCAUACAUGUUAGUCUACAUCCGUAAGUCGGAGUUGGAACGCGUGCUCAGCGAUAUACCCGAGCAUGAUAUACCCAGUGAAUUAGUAGAGCGUCUAGAAUUGGAAAAACGAAUUGAGAUGGCUCGGCGCAAAGAACGCAGCGAGGCAAACUUAUAUGUCUCCAUUCAUGUCAUACUGGAGGAGUAUUUUGAAGCGCAACAAAAGCGGCGUCUUUUCGAUUUGGAUAAAGUGCACCAACGCCUAUUCAAAUUGAAACAAACACAAACCGUCGAGGAGAUGAUGGACGCGUUCGUAAAAUCAUUCGGUGUACCAAAAGACCGUAUGCGAGUUUGGAUAAUGUUUGCGGCACAAUCGCAGAAGUUUCUGUACUUCGAUUUCCAGCGCGAGGCAUUGCGCCCGAUUGAACAAAUUGCCACUGCACAGAAACCAUGGGUGAUUUUCCUCGAAUUGGCGUCACCGCUUGUACCUGGUCGUCCGCUUCCACCGUUCGAUCCCAAACAAGAAGUGCUGCUAUUCUUCAAGUAUUACGAUGCUUGUAAUAAACGGUUAAAUUAUAUUGGUUGUUCACAACAGCCACUGAGUCGGCGUUUAAGUGAACUUGUGCCUGAAGUGAAUGCACAUCUGGGCUUCGAGCUGGACACAGAAUUGACGGUUUUCGAUGAGUGCAACGACAAGAAAAUUGCCAAUAUCAAUGAACCGCUAGAGAAUGUGCUGUAUUUGCAUCAGGACAAUCUGCAGGGUUACAUAUUAAUUUUUGAAAAGGAGCAUGUGGACGUAAAAUUAGAUUUGCCGACCGUAGAGGAUUACUUCUUGGAUUUAGUAUAUAGAGUAGAAAUCACAUUCUGUGAUAAAUGCAACCCCAAUGAACCGGAAAUCGUACUGGAACUCUCUAAUCGCUACAAUUAUGAUCAAAUGGCACAAGCGGUCGCCGAGCGACUCAAUACCGAUCCAAACAAAUUGCAGUUCUUUAUGUGUGCCAGCAGCUAUAAGGAGACACCUGGAAAUGCCGUUCCAUAUACCUUCAAAGGAACUGUUAAGGAUCUAGUCGCAUACUGCAAGCAGAGCGCAUCUAAAAAGCUCUUCUAUCAAAGACUGUCCCUCAGCAUUCACGAACUCGACAAUAAGAAACAAUUCAAAUGCAUUUGGGUCUCAAAUGACCUUAAGGAAGAGAAAGAGCUUGUGUUGUACCCCAAUAAGAAUGAGAAUGUCAAAGGCCUGUUAGACGAGGCUGCCAAAAAGAUACAAUUCGCUGAAAAUAGUCGUAAAAAGUUGCGAUUGCUUAAAGUAGCUAAUCACAAAAUAGCAACCAUAUACAAAGAAGACACACCGCUGGAAUCGCUACAAAAGUCUAACGAAGCGCUGACGACACAAAGCGCACAGAAGACUUUCCGCAUAGAGGAAGUGCCUGCCGAAGACAUGCAACUGGCCGAGAAUGAGACGCUCGUGCCCGUGGCACACUACAGCAAAGAGGUCUACAACUCAUUUGGUGUGCCAUUCUUGAUCAAGGCGAAACAUAACGAACCAUACGGUGCGCUCAAGCAACGCAUACAGAAGCGUCUCAACGUGCCCGACAAGGAAUGGGAGAAUUAUAAGUUUGCUGUCAUUACGAUGGGGCACCCGAACGACGUCAACGACAAUACACCCGUCGAUUUGGAGAUAUAUCGCUCUUGGACCAAUGCACAUUUGCCUUACUUUGGACUCGAUCACAUAAACAAAUCCAGAAAGCGAACAUCCUUAAAUUUCUCUGAGAAAGCGAUUAAGAUUUACAAUUAAAUAAGAGUGUAAUUUGCGAAAAACAACAAACAUAACAAAUAAUGAAACUCAUUGUGGGAUCGAUAAUGUGUGCGUGCAAAAAAAAUUAAAUAAACCAAGAGAAGUAGAAUUGCUAAAAUAAAGCAAACUUUGCGCAGCGAUGCUAUAUAAAGAGAGAGAGAGAGAGUAAUGAUAACUGGCAAAUUUUAAAUUGGGCUUUAUAACUAAGAAGACAAGUUUAAAUUAUAGCACGAUAAACGAUAAAUAAAAACAAAAACAAAAAACGUUGCUAAAGUAUGUCCUGUUCUUAUGUUUACAUGCUGCAGACACGCCGAAACAAAUAACACAAAAAUACAACUACACAAUCAGCAUUCGCUAAAGCAACAGCAACAAGAAAAUCAUGAGCAGUCAAAAAUGUGAAGCAAGCAAACAUCAACCAACCAACCAACCAAUUUGUCAAUCGGCCAACUAACCAUCCAACCAGGCAACAGCAACAAAUAAUUGUAAAUGCAAACAAAAAAAAUCAAAGCAGGAAAUCAACCAAGUGCAACAAAAGUCAUAGAGUGUUUGUAAAUUGCUGAAUGUGUUAAAAACGCUUCGCCUGUAAAUCAUUCACACAGUUCUCAAUCAACACACCCACACCACAAACCAGAUUACGCAUGAGUAAUAAAACAAAUAGAAACACACAGAAAACACUUUAACAAAACAAGAAAGCCCGAACUUUAAAAUUAAACUAAAAUAAAAUUAUUAAAUUUAAAAUGUACUACUUUAAAAUAUAUAUAAAAUAUUUAAAAGCACUUAGGCGUACGAUUGUAAAAAAAAAAAAAAAACGAAAAAAAUCCGAAAAAAAUUUAACAUGCCAUGAGCUUUAAGUGAUUCUUAAACGCUACCGAUGGUUGCUCCGUCGGCAAUUGGCUGGCUGGAAAGAACAAAAAAUCUACGUGAAACGUACGAU